AUGCUGACCGAGAUGUACUGUUAUACCCCGGAAGCUGGCUCUGUGUGGGCUGGCGUUGGGUGGGGGCUCUUUGGGAUCAGACGGGUGUUUGGCGGGUCGGUUGGGAUGGAACUUGGUCGUUGGCCUGUUUUGUGGCUCUGCAAGUGGCUUAGGGCAAGGUCAGAGUAUUUGAGGUGUGGAGCGUUUAAGAGGUGGGAGUCGUGCCGGUUUCGGAGGCUGAGAGAGAAGGGAGGUAUGGGAGAAGAGAGGUUUGUUCAUCGCCUCUCUCAGGAACAGAAGGAUCCGAGCUUUGCAUCAGAGCUGAUUCUUCCUUCAGCUGUGAAUCUCCUGUGGUGA